CACACUUCCAGUCAUCUGAGCCGAGCGCCUUCAUCAGGGCCACAGACAGGGGCGAAGGGCAUCGUGAGCACUUCGCAACAGCCAUCAAGGUACACGAAAAUGAAAUCGGCCUUAUGGACACCGUGUCGCGCGCCAUUGCCGCUUUGUGUCGAUCAGAGUUGUUUUGCAUUCGAUCCGGCCGAUCGCCCGACAGCGAAAGAGGUAUUCGACAUACGAUUGGGAUAAGCGUCCGCCAUGUCAGUUUGCCGCAUCUGACUCACCCGCAGGUGCUCGCGAAGCUCGGCAUUUCAUCGAGUCAGUCAACAGUAAAAAGGACAGCCCAUUGCCGUGGCGAGUCUUUGAAUGCAUGCAGGUGCGGCGCCGGCCGUCCCCCCUGCCCCCGUGAGUCCCGCUGACGUGUCGCCCAUCAGCCCCACAUCGGGUGUGCACACCAGCAUGGCCAGCACCACAACGGGGCUGCCCAGCACGGUCUCUCCGGCACAGAUCAAGCCUGUGGUCCCGUCAAAGCAAACAGGUCGGUAUAUGAGGCAGUGGCAGAGAGAUUCCACUUGAUCUGCGUGUAUUGUAGCGUCCCCUGGUCAGCCUAACGCACCAGCCAAGUCACCUCCAAAUGCACCACAGCCACAGCGACAAACCAAAUCCGUGAGAGAGCCGUUGCCAGACAACGGAUUCCUAUCAAUGGCAAACAUUUCUCUUUCGCUGUUGCAUGUCAGGCGGACACCGUCCUGACGACGAAGAAGAUCAAACGGGUAGUACCGAAAGAACACUGAUCGUUCACGCCUCACACAGUCGCUUGUAUGUGAUGUAUACUGUGUGUUGAAGAGGAACAUUUAUUCUGCGGUGAGAGCUGGUGACGUCACGUCUGUUGCUCAGCUAAUCAAGCUGCGCGGACCGAGCAUCCUCGACAACGAAGAAGUCACGUGCUUCUGCUGCAUAGUGACGCACUUCCGACUUGCACGCGCAGCAGAGACACUCAACUUGUAUUUUUUCUGCUGCAGGGUGGCACUCCCUUCACCGAGGCUGCAAAAAGGGGUCACGUGGGCAUCAUGUCGGUAAUGUGUGAGAGCAAUCCUGACGUACUGCAGCAAUUGACCAAGGUACCGACACAGACAAGGCAGCCUAUUUGCUGCUGCUGAAGAACUGUAUGUCGGAUGUGAUGGAAUGCAACUUGGUGGUUUGAAUGCCCUGCACUUGGCUGCCCUCCAGGACCGUGUUGCGGCUGUCAAUCAGCUGCUGGAGUGGAACCCCAAAUCGCUCGAUGCACGCAACGAGGUAAUAGAGUACACACACGCGCGUACGUGUGUGUGUGUGUGUGUGUGUGUGUUGAUCGCAGCGGGGCUUCACGCCAUUCAUCAAGGCUGCCUACGAUGGUAAUGUCGAUGUGAUGACGGUUCUGCAUGCCAAAGGAGGGGAAAAGCUUCUCACUCAGACGGACAAUGUGAGACCUCGUGCGGGCGAAACAGAAACAAAGUGCCUCUCAUCUGAUUGAUUGCCUUUCUCUGUUUGCAUUUUGCAUGACACACACAGGACGAAGACACGGCACUCCACUGGGCUGCAUAUUAUGGCAGAUCUGCAGCUGUGUCUCAGCUGUGAGCGACACAGAUGACUGACUUACGCGAGUGUCUCAUCCACACUGUCUCUCUGUCUGUCUGUGUGUCAUUCUCAAAGGCUUGAGUGGGGCGGCAGUGCUCUGCUCGAUAUCAGAGACAAAAUUGUGAGUGCACACAGACAUUCACACCAUCGAUGGGCCGAGUCAUGUGCUCAUCUCAUCUCAUGACGACAGGACGACACGCCAUUCUUCAUGGCUGCCAAGGGGGGUAAUGUCGAUGUGCUGAAGGCCAUGUAUGCCAAAGGAGAAGAAAAGCUUCUCACCCAGAAGGACUAUGUGAGACCUCACACGCGAAACAACACACAAUGCCUCUCGGUUGUGUGAUUGCCUUUCUUUUGUUUGCAUGACACACACAGGGCGGAUACACGGCACUCCACUGGGCUGCGAAGUACUGUCAAUCUGCGGCUGUGUCUCAGCUGUGAGCGACACAGACGAAUGACUGACGCGAGUGUCUCACACUCUCUCUCUUUGACUGUGUGUUAUUCUCAAAGGCUCGAGUGGGGCGGCGGUGCUCUGCUCAACAUCAAAACCACCAGGGUGAGUGCACACAGACAUUCACACCAUCGACGAUGAGCCGAGUCAUGUGCUCAUCUCAUCUCAUGACUACAGUACGAGGGCGAGAGGACGCCGUGGGACAUGCCGCCGGACCGGAAACCGAAGAAAAGAGACGAGAUCAGAGAGAUCAUGAAGAAGUACAAGUGA